AUUAGCAAGUUUCUCUUAGUGAGUGUAUUAUUCAUGAAUUAGUGAGUUUUACUUUCUUGAAAAUAAAUGCAACAUACCACGAGUUCGAAAACAACACAAUACGAAUUCAAUUUGCAAUUUAUCGGGAAUAUUUUGGAACAUGCGAUUAGGAUGAAAGUGAAGGAACCGGAUGCGUCCAGACCCGAUCUAAGCGUCAAUCAAGAAUAAAAACAGCGUAAAUCCAAUCAAGGGUAUACAUACAAAUUUAAAAUGGCAAAGUACAAUGCAGCUGAGUGGUUGUGAAGUGAAAAAUGCUUUUCUUUGUUUCACCUGUCGUGUGACAAAUACCAAUGGACAUUAUGUGCCAGCUAGAUAGUGCUUACCGCCUUAAUACAGGAUGGGCCAAAUAAAAUUGUUCGGACGAGUGGAUAUGACUUGGGGCAGCAUUAACAGAGGAGGAAAAGAUGUACAGUUCCAACAGGAUGGAGCAACUGCCCAUACAGCCGGCGGAACCUUGGGGCACAUCUACACAAUCAUCACGCCUGACACAGUUGUUAGCAGAGGUUAGUCUGGUCGCUGCCCCAGCGGGCCACCAAGGUCAUUUGAUCUGUCAGUGUGUGAUUACUUUAUGAGGGGAACCUUCAAGUCUAAGGUGUAUCGCAACAGCCCUCAUAGUCUUCAAAAACUGCUGCAGAACAUUUCGGAGCAAGUCCAGCCCAGCCUUCAGUAACUGGCUGACCAGGGCCCAAAACGGCCAAGAAAUGAGUGGUGGUCACUUUCAACAUGUGCUGUAGUCAGAUGCUGCCAAGGAGAGCAAAACCGCUCUUCCUCCGAGAACGUUCAGCUUCCAACAGACAUUGGAGAAUAUUAAGAAAGACAUUAGCGAUUCUCCAGUCUGGCUAUCCGCUGACGAAACCACUGAUUCUUGCGGUCGGUAUAUGGUGCACGUCACAGUUGGAAAAUUCUCUGCUGCCGAGGCUGGACGAGGACACCUCAUACUACGCAAAGAAGUGGAACGAACGACUCACGCCACGACUGCUCGCACAGUGCAGGAAGCAUUGGGCGUGCUAUGGAGAAGUGAAGAUCAGAAACGUGGGGAUACAAGGUUUUAGCCAUUGUGAUGGAUAGUGCCGCAUAUAUACUGAAGGCAGAGUGUCUCCGAGUGUUUUACCGUAAAAUUAUUCACCUCACGUGUCCGGCCCACAGCAUCCAUCGAGUCGCUGAAGAGUUCAGAGCCACAUUGCCAGAGGUCAACAGCCUUAUCUCUUCGGCAAAGAAGGUUUUCAUCAAGGCACCAAGUCGAGUGAGAGCUUUCAAGACUGCUCACCCUGACUGUCCUCUGCGACCUGAUCCAGUCUUCACGAGGUGGGGAACGUGGAUUUCAGCUGCAAACUAUUAUGCGGACAACCACAGAAAAGUUGAAGAGGUCCUAAAGGGCUUUGAAGAUAGCGAAAAUUUAGCCACAGCAAAAACCAAGGACGCCAUGAAGAAUUCCAGCGUGUUACACAGCCUAUCUUUCAUCCGAGUGCACUUGGGUGGCCUGCCAGACCUAAUUGUGGA